GUUCCAACAUACGUCGAUUCCGCUGGAGUCGUCGAUUGAGCUUCCUAGCAUUUACCUUCUCAACCCACCAUUUCGUUCACUUCUCGUUGCUCUUGUCCUUUCCUGACGACUCGUCUUCUUCUCUGCAUGAUAUCGGUCCUCUUUUGACACCCCAAGAAAUAUACAGAAAAUGGCUGAACCACCCAUUGUCCUCGAUGGGGGUACCGGUUUCCUCAAAGUCGGCUACGCCGCCCAAGUACGUCCGACCCAGGACCCAACAUACGCAUGCGUGAUCUUUGCAGGAUGAAGAGCUGAUGUCGUGGCCAGAACUUCCCCGAACAUCAAUUCCCCUCCAUAGUCGGUCGACCGAUCCUUCGUUCGGAGGAACGAGCUGGAGACAUUGUGGUCAAGGAUAUAAUGUGCGGUGAUGAAGCGGCCGCGGCGAGGUCGAUGCUACAAAUAAGUUAUCCUGUAUGAGCUGCCCCUUCGGUCCCCUUUGGCCGUCACGCGCUAGGUUCGACCACUGCUGACGCACCCCUCCUCCCCCCUCCCCCCAAAAAGAUGGAAAACGGAAUCGUCAAGAAAUGGGACGACAUGCAACACCUGUGGGACUUUACCUUUUACGAGAAACUCCGCAUCGACCCCGCGGGACGCAAGAUCCUCCUCACCGAACCGCCCAUGAACCCUCUCAAGAACCGUGAACAGAUGGCCCAGGUCAUGUUCGAACGCUACAACUUUGGCGGCGUGUACGUGGCCAUCCAGGCCGUGCUCGCGCUGUACGCGCAGGGCCUGUCGUCCGGCGUGGUCGUCGAUUCGGGCGACGGCGUCACCCACAUCGUGCCCGUCUACGAAUCUACCGUCCUCAACCACCUCACCCGCCGGCUCGACGUGGCGGGCCGCGACGUGACGCGCAACCUGAUCGCCCUGCUCCUCCGGAGGGGCUACGCGCUCAACCGGACGGCCGACUUCGAGACGGUGCGCCAGAUCAAGGAGAAGCUGUGCUACGUCUCGUACGACCUGGGGCUGGACCAGCGCCUGUCCGAGGACACCACCGUCCUCGUGGAGUCGUACACGCUGCCCGACGGGCGUGUGAUCCGGGUGGGGAGUGAACGCUUCGAGGCCCCCGAGUGCCUGUUCCAGCCGCACCUGGUCGACGUCGAACAGCCGGGUAUUGCCGAGUUCCUGUUCAACACCAUCCAAGCCGCCGACGUCGACGUGCGGAGCAGUCUGUACAAGGCCAUCGUCCUGUCCGGCGGGAGCAGCAUGUACCCGGGCCUGCCGUCGCGGCUGGAGAAGGAGCUGAAACAGUUGUGGCUGACGCGCGUGCUGGGCGGGAACCCCGAGAGACUGAACAAGUUCAAGGUCCGGAUAGAGGACCCCCCGCGGCGGAGGCACAUGGUCUUCUUGGGCGGGGCGGUGCUGGCGAACAUCAUGGCCGACAAGGAGAACAUGUGGAUCUCCAAGCAGGAAUGGGAAGAACAAGGUGCCAGGGCGUUGGACAAGUUGGGUCCCAGAUGAUGAUUUUGGGGGACCCUUUUUCUUUCAAAAUGGCCGGCAUCGAGACAACCCGCAGUUCCAAAAAAAAACAAAGAAAACCUCUCCUGCAAGGAUUCGCAGAUGGAUCGUGCUUUGGAUUGGCUUGAUUUGGCAUGGCGUCGGAUGGAAAGCAAGCAGACCAAGGAGCCUAGAAUUAGCGUGCUGUGGUGUGGUAUGGCUCACCAUGCAAAGGCCUGUGGACGUUCUUCGAAGAGGUCAAGUCCAAAAGGGAUGAUGGCCUUGGUGGUGGUGAGAUGCUGCCCGUCAUGCCUUUUAGCUCUACCAGCUCCAUCUGGGAGACUUUCCACCUUGUGAGAACGAGAUGUAUACUUUUUCGUCCCAAGUAGAAGAAGAAAAGAAAGCCAAAAGAGAGAAUGAUUUUAUGAACACAUGCAUUUGCGACUA